AUGCCAACCAGCAUCGGCUCGCUGGCGCAAUGGCGCCAAACCCUCGGCUCCCACAGCAUCGUCGUCGCUGACUUCUACGCCGAUUGGUGCGGCCCAUGCAAGAUGAUCGCGCCGACCUUCGAAUCCCUCGCGACCAAAUACGCCAAACCGAACCGCAUCGCCUUCUGCAAGGUCGACGUCGACAACCAGACCGAGGUCGCCCAGCAGUACGGCGUGAGCGCCAUGCCCACCUUCCUAGUCCUGCGCAACGGCUCCGUCAUCGAGACCAUCCGCGGCGCUAACCCGCCUGCGCUGACCGCGGCCGUUGAGAAGGCUGCCAAGCUGGCUGGACCUGGGGCGGGUAGUGGCGCGAUGUUUUCGGGGGUUGGACAGAGGCUUGGUGGGAGCGGGGUGGGGAGGCCAACGGCGGCGGCUGCUUCGGGGUCGCGCGCGUUGGCGAGACCGGAUUUGGGCGCGUUUUUGAAUGGGCUGGUUGCCUUCUUUGGGAUGUACUUUUGGACGCUCUUUUCGCUCGACCCUUACAAGGCUGCCGAGAGCUCGCCGUUUGCUCGGGGCCACAACCCGUUAGCAGGAAGGCCCGGAACGACGGGCGGGACAAGGCUCGGCGGGUCUGGCGCGCCGCGCCCUCGGUUUGGGACAAUGGCCGAUGUGAGCAGUUCAUGA